CUGUCCCGCCUCCUGCGGGCCUCCCCCGGCGCAGGCCCGCCCCGCGGCUGCAGUGGCUCCUCCGGGGGCGCAGGCGGCGGUGCCGUCCCGCCCCGCCGCGGGAGCGCGGCCGCCCCGGCGCCCUCCGCCUCGCCGAGAUGAACCCGCGGCUGCGGCACUGGCGGGAGGCGGCCACGCUGCUGCUGGCGGCGGGCACGCCGGGCCGGCCGCCGCGCUCGCCGCUCGGCCCCUUCGACUACGAGCUGCUGCUGCUGCGCCGGAGCUCCCGCAGCGGCUUCAUGCCCGGCGCCCACGUGUUCCCGGGCGGGCUGGCGGAACCGGCGGACUUCUCCGCCGAGUGGCUGGGGCUGCUGCCCGCCUCGCCGCACUGCGGGCUGGGCGUCGUGAAGCCGCCGCCGCCCGGCGGCAGCCGCGCCCCGCUCUUCGCCACCGACCGGGAGAGCCUGGGCUCGCAGCUGCCAGGGGAAGUCGCCUUCCGCAUCUGCGCUCUCAGGGAGACCUUCGAGGAGGCGGGGAUCCUGCUGCUGGUGCCGGGGCGCGGGCCGGCCCCGCCGCUGCCCGCCGAGCGCCUGCCGCCCGCCGCCGAGCUCGGGGAGUGGCGGCGCCGGGUGCGGGAGGACGCGUCCUGCUUCCUGCGGCUGUGCCGGCACCUGGGCUGCGCGCCCAACAUCUGGGCGCUGCACGAGUGGAGCAACUGGCUGACGCCCGUGGGCAGGGCCGGCCGCGGCGGCCGCCGCUAUGACACGGCUUUCUACCUGUGCUGCCUGCAGGAGCGGCCGCCACACGUCUCGCAGGACGACCAGGAGGUGACAGCCGUCCUGUGGUCGUCACCUCCAGAAGCCAUCGAACGCUUUAAGUCUCAGGAGAUCUGGUUUCCUCCACCUCAGUUUUAUGAAUUCUGCAGGCUGUGCAACUUCUCUUCCCUUGAGAAGCUGCAGCAGUUCAGCUCUGCACGGGCUCUGGAGGGCUGUGAGCGCUGGAUGCCCGUGAUGCUGAAUGCUGCAGACGGAUUCAUCCAGCUGCUGCCGGGAGAUGAGUUAUAUCCGGAAGAUCCAGAUUAUACUGGAGAAAAGAAAAUUAUUAUGUCAACAGAUAAGAAGGUUGAAGAUCUCAUGAAAGAGGGUGGGAUAUUUCACAGGAUAGUAAUAAAAGACAUCAACAAUCUUGCUGUCUAUGUUAAUAUUCAAGCAAAAUAUAAGCAUAUAAAUCCACUGAUGAUAAAGUGUGAUAAUUCAGAUUACAAUAGCAGAUUAUAAUAUGUUUUUGGUUUAAAUCUAGAAUAUUUCUAAUUGCGUCUAUGCUCAUUGUGGUUUUGGUGCUUUUAAACUGUUGCCAAAUAGUCAUGAAAAUAUUUCUCUGUCCUGCCAAAGCAUUAUGUCACAUCUAUGUGUAUCUAAUCUCUUGAGUCUUUAAAAACAGAGCAGUUGUGCCACUGUUGGGUCACAUAGGUCCUCUUCUCACUGAAAGUUUUUAUAUAUAUAUUAUGGUUAGAACAAGCAGAGAAGAGUUGAAGGAUUCUUUUAUUAUGCUUCCAAAAGUUAUCCACUAGAUAACUGCAAUAUGUGUCUAGAAAUGAAUAGAAUCUCCCAUUCCAUAUUUGUUGACAUUUCCCACUCAAUUCUUUAUUUCAUUUUGGGGACAAGCAAUGUAUGUAUAGAUAUAGAUAUAUACAUAAAUUAACUAUAAUGCACUUUUUAAAAGAAUAUUAUAAAGUUAAUUUUUAUAUUUGAUAUACUUAAAUUCUUUCUACUAAUGAUAACAAUUCAAAACUGUAAUUUUCAAAGGUAGACCUAAUUUAAAGGAAGUCAUCUGUGGAAUUGAGCGCAUUCUUUUUAUCAAUAUAUUUUUUCAUCUUUGAGUUGUAAGCAAUUAAAAAAAAUAAAAACUGUAUUUUUUUAGCUCCAAAAAGAUAUCAACAACUUAAGGGAAUAAUAUUCCUCCUUGAUAUACCCACUUCCAUAAUCCAACAUCCCACUUCUUGCUUCUUAGCUACUUUACUAAUGUAUAAAUUCAUAUAUAAUAAAUUUAAGAACUUCAGAGGAAAGAUUGCUGCUUAAUUUUCAGUUUGAAUUUGUCUUUUCUAUUGUGCAAUAAGUGGAGUCAAUGGAGCAGUUUUGUUAAUUAUCUGGAAGGAGAAUGAUUGAUGACUUCAGAUUAGUCAGUAAAGUUGUUCAGAAAGCUUUGUUUCCAGCUUUUGUUCCGUGUUUCAAUUAAAACCUGUUGCUACAAUUAGAUUAAAUUGGUUUGUAGCAUUCAUUUGGAUUAAAAAAAAUACUGAAAAAAA